AUGGUCAAGGAGAUCGCGUGUCUGACGCAGGUGAUCCAUAUCAUCUCGCAGUGCCUCGCCUCGGACAUCAAUAUCCCCGGGACGGCUCGUAAGAAUCUGUCGUGGGCUAGUACAGCUGCGUCUCUCGAGGAUGAGCUGUAUAGGGAGAUCGAGCCGACGACGCUGACUGUCAGCUCCAAGCAGAUGGCGGUCAAUCGUUAA